AUGGCGACGGGCGGUCGAGUGAUGUCGGUGGUCCUUUGCCGGCCGACAAUAUCCGCCGAUAUUGUGCCGAUUGCGAUGGGAAACUGCGAGAAUUUGGACGAGGAGACGAGACACAAAGAGAUCAAACCGCCCAAUGGUUUGUUCUUUAGAGGAAAAUUUGAGAAAAAUCUGUAAAUGUUAAAGAUUCCGACGUGGUUCGUCUCGUCAAAUCGCGCGUUCGGACGUAUUUCAACAACGAGGGAGUCGUCGAGUUGGACGGAGGGUAAGAAUCACAAAACGCGUGUCUUUUUGUAAUUUUCAGCUUGCAAAAUGCCUUUUCCAGUUAAUUUCAAUGAAAACCUCACAAUUUUCCAGAUAUAAACUUUUCUACGCGGUCGUCAUCGAGCCGUUCUGCCCGAUGAUCUACUGCUGCGUCGGCGAGCCGUCGAUGACGGAAGAGCAGGCGCAGGAGUUUCUCAACUCGAAAAUCCGAUCGAUAAUGUCGUCGUCGAACAUUCAGAUGGGCGUUCCGCAGGCGAAUCCGUACGAUCUGCUCGGCCUGCUGCAGCCGGAGAUUCUCAAGUUUAUUGUAGGUUUUAUUGCUGCGAAAAUUCGACAAAAUGCGAAUUUUCAGAAGCAGCACAACGAGAAAUUCCCGACCGCAAGCCAGCAGAGAGUCAUCGACAUCCGUCGGCAAGUCGCCGACGUCAGAGCGGUACGGAAAUUCAUAAAAGUUAGAAAAAAACGGAAGAUCGAUUGCAGGUGAUGGCAGAUAAUGUGGAAAGAAUUCUGGAAAGAGGCGGUCAGCUGGAGAACAUGGAGAAUCGAUCGGAAGCGCUCAGAACUUCGGUAAAUAAUGCUUCUUCAAAUGUUCACCAUGAAUUGAUGAUUCUUGCAAAUUCCCCGAAUUUACAGCAAAAGAUUGACAAUACCAUUUUCCAGGCGACAUCAUUUAAAUCGACGGCUCGGCGCGUCCAACAUCAUUUCUGCCAGAAAAAUCUGAAAUACACGAUUUGCGUGGUGCUUCUCCUCGCGAUUCUCGUCGCAAUCGUCGUGCUCAGCAUUCUGCACAGCCACGGAACUAUUUGA